UUCUCUUCUUCCCGCUCCGGCACAGAAAUACAAAUCCCACCCCAAAAUCCAACCAAAUACCACACGAAUGCGAUGGAAUCCUCUACCACCACCACCACCGCCGCCACACCACCGGCGGCGGGCGCCAGCAAGCGGCGGCGGAAGGCGGGGCUGCCCCUAGGGGAUCUGACCAACCUCCUCCCGAGCACCCCAGCCCCGAGAAACCCUAGCGCCAAGCGGCCCGUCCCGCCGGCGCCCUCCGACGCCUCCGCGUGCUCCUCCGCCGCGUCGGCCACGCCGGUCUCCAAGCCCCCUUCCGCCGCCGCUGCUGAGGAGCUGAGUUCCGCGAAAUCACCCAUCUCCACGGUUUACACGAGCCGGAAAACUCGGGGGAGGGGGAAUCCCGCCAACGGCAAGGCCCCCUUUCGUACCGGAGCAGCAUCAAGUUGCCCACCUCUCGGGAAAGCUACAAGGCCCAGCAGUCACUCAACUAAGAAUUCCCCAGCAGCCCAGGAUUCUCGUCCUAUUUCGUCCUCAGCUCCUUGUCAUCCAGCUAAAAAGAAGAGGCACCUGAUGAUGGACAACUCAUCUUCAGGCAGUCCCAAGUUACCAGAUGAUUUUGUCCAGAAGCAGAGAGCAUACUUCCAGGAGAUCGACGCCUUUGAUCUGCCAGAGGAAGAGGCCUCAGAAACCGACUAACCUGCCUCGCAAAAUGAAGCUGAUCCAUCAAUCAUGUAUGAUAGCACUGGAAUGGCAACCGUGCGUGCAGAGAUAUACUCGCGCGUGUUACUUUUAUGGCGUAACAGCGAGUACUGGAGUAGCAACGUACAGUUCUUAUGACAUAGGGAGUGCUUUAGUGAUGUCCUACUUGUAGUUCUUCUAAUGCAGCCUGUGGUUUUGGAGUCAAGUGAUGUCCAUAUAGUGGUGUAUGGUUGUCCGAUGUGUGUACCCUGUGAUCUAGUAAAUUAUUGUAACGAACUAGGAAUAUUUGCAAGUCACUAACAGAACGGAGUUAGCAUCUCUCCUUAAUUUAUGUGUGAUAAAGGUAAUGAAAUAUGGAGUAGCACAAUAUCUUGAA